UGGUGGUGUCGCCAUGGGUAUGUACAAUCAAGAUAAGUCAAUCGAAGAUUUUGCGCACAGUUCCUUCCAAAUGGCUCUGUCUAAGGGUUGGCCUUUGUAUCUGAGCACCAAAAACACUAUUCUGAAGAAAUAUGAUGGACGUUUUAAAGACAUCUUUCAGGAGAUAUAUGACAAGCAGUACAAACCCCAAUUUGAAGCCCAAAAAAUCUGGUACGAGCAUAGGCUCAUCGAUGACAUGGUGGCUCAGGCUAUGAAAUCAGAGGGAGGCUUCAUCUGGGCCUGUAAAAACUAUGAUGGUGAUGUACAGUCGGACUCCGUGGCACAAG